AUGAACUCCUACGGACUCAGAAUAAAGGCUAGUGAGGGCAAAAACAACGCCGGUGGAAUGUCUUUCAAACCCGUGGUUAUACCAGAUGUUUACAAAUUUGAUAAACAUGAACUCUGUAAAUCAUUUCCGAACUUGACUGCAGAAGAACAAGUUGCAGCGGUAAAAAAGUUACUCAAUAAUGUUAAGGAGUCUUAUCAUGAUGAUGUUGUUGAAUUUCUUGUAAUAACUUAUUUAUAUGCAGAAAAUAAACAUCCUGUGAAGUGUAUGAUAAUGAGAUUUGUCACAAAGAAUCCUUUUAUUCAAGGAUCUUUUACAGAGUACCUCACAAGACAAUUAUUACAACUUAGUAAUGAAAAACUGGAAGAUUACACAGAUUAUGUUAAAGUUGUAUCUAAGAUAGCAUGUUGUAUUGAGAAUUUUCCUGUAGGUGCGGUUGCUUUUAAGAAUAUUGAAGUAAACCUCGCGACAUUCCUCAAGAAUUGCUUGGCCUGUUGUGUGACAUCCUUGAGCAACGACAAGCUAACUCCGACUGGCAGAAAUGAAGUGUUUGGUCUGAGUCAUACAGUCCUAAGACUCUUGCUAUAUGUUAUACAGAAAAUUGAUAUGGAUAAUAUAGAUAUGGACCUUAUGUUUAAAUAUAUAAGGUCUUGUUUGAAACAUCUUCUGUUCAAUGAUUCUCCGAUGGACACCAAAUCUGUUUGUGGCAUUUUGUUAGUGACGAUGCAUAUUUUGGAGAAUGGUGAUGACUCCUGGGUUGAUAUAUUGAAUUCUAAUAACCAAACUAUGUAUCUCCAAGAGUUUCUGUUGAAUGAUUCCUGCAAGCUCAGUUUGUUGUCGGCCUUAGCCACUGUGAUGUCAAUGGACAAGUUACACAUUACAAAUAUUGAUGGUGUGCCGGCCAUCAUCAAAUUGACUAAUGAUAUAUUGGAUCUGGGAGACAGUUAUUCUUCUGAAUCAACAUUUACCCUCGGCAUCUCUCGUACUAUAGUACAAAUCACUAAAGGACUGGAAGUGUUUGGUGAAUGUGGACUCUAUCUGCUGGACAGACUGUUCAUAUUUGUGUGGUCUCACCUGGAACACAACACGGACAGCGUACAACAUCUGAGCGCUCAAAUACUCACAAAUAUUAUAAAAUUUUGCUCUCAUCUGAAGAAGGAGGGUAAUGAGUCAGCUAUGUCCAAACUGUUUUCAACCCUGUCGUCUCUAGAGAGGAGUCGUAAGAGUUUCUAUCUCAGCCUGACGGCCGUCACUAACGAGGUUGGGCUCGAUUGUGUGCUGGACGUGUGGCCGGACGUCAUACAACACACGCUCAAUAUGCUUCAUAUACAAGCUGUACAAGCUAGUGCAACGACGUCACUGGAGACACUUCUCCGACACACACACACGGACACUCGAAGCAUACACACACAGUGGGUGGAGCCUGUGUUACAGUGUGUGCGUGGAGGGGCGGGGCCUGUCAACAUACUCACCGGACUACUGAUACUCAUUGCGAAGAAGGACGGCGGGGUCGUGGGCUAUAUGUUGCCAUACAUACGACAAGCAUCAGAAAGUCCAGACAGCCAGGAGCUGGUGUGUGUUUUGAUGUUACUGAGUGUGGUGAGACAGACGGGGCACCUGCCGGCCCGCCAGGGAAAGGCAGGGGGUGAGGGAGGGGGGCGGUGGAGGGACGUCAUCGCGUAUGAGGCGCUGAGGAAUACAGCCGUACAUACUAACGAUGAGAUCCGGUUCCUGACCCUGUCUCUUAUAGUACAAUCUCCCAAGUCUUCAGAGGUGUUCAGUUCCGAGGAGUUAGAUAUUAUUCUGUGGUUCCUCUCAUACAACAUCAAUGAACAGUCGCCGCACUUCAGAUCACUAGUACUAUCACUCAUGAAGAAGUUUUUCAAGCGUUUCGAGCAAAGUCACAGGACUUUAUUAAGGGAUAUAUCAGGAAAUGAAGAGCGUCAUACUGAUUACUACUGGCUUUUCCUGGACAAAGUGACAGGACAAUGUUAUGAGAGUUUGAUACCGGGCGGGAACCACUACAGACGACACGCGGCCCUACAGAUACUACUCUGGAUAGAGAAACUACAGCUUGAAAAAACAAGCAGACAUGUGGCUCCAUCAAAUGAUAUAAAUGCAUCAUCUGAGCGAGUGUCUCUUCUGCUUGAUGUUCUGGGUGAUAGUUACGAGACCAACAAAGAUAUGGCGCUUCAUCUGCUGUAUAGAUGUUCGGAUGAAGAACUAUAUAGCGACAAACACGCAGCAAUCCUUAAUCUGGUGUCGGUUAUCAAACAAGCUUCGUCGAUGAAGCCCACUGAAUGUGUGACUGCGGCUUACAAGAUGAGACUACUGGCCAAUAAACUCACCAAAUACAUACACGAGGACUGUAAAUCAAUAAGCGAAGUUUCGUCCAAGUUGCUGCAAAUGCUGCAAGUACAAGUGCAGCAUCAGCUCGUUGUGUGUGAGGCAGACCUCGCACUGGGCGCCAGACACGCUCCGCUCUACGGCCUGCUGCAUUGUGUGGGGACAGCCUUAGACCUUCUUGAUGAACGCUCGUGGUCCCCAUCUCUAACGUGUAUGUGUGAGUCGCUAGUGUCUGUGUGUGUGUCCGUGUGUGCGUGCACCGCGCCUGUGUUGAACAGCGCCGCGCCCGAGGGGCACAUGCCACACGCUGAUGGAGGUAAGAUUCGUUUGGAGGACGGUAGCGAGGUGACCGCUCAGAUGGUGUUGUUGUGUGCCUGGAGGUCUGUUAAAGAGGUGUCCUGGAUCCUCAGCCUGAUAGUGUCCAAAAUGUCGUCGUGUAUGGAAGUCGGCCGCAAGGUGUCUCUAGUGGAGAACAUCGGAGACACCUUCCUCCAGUUGUUGACGGACACCAAACACCGCGGGGCCUUCGAGCAGGUGUACGUGGGGUUUAGUAGGAUGUUGGCCUGGUCUUUCUCAGUAUUAAAGGGAACAGACAAUAUAUAUCACCAGUUUAACACUCAGAGCAUUGAAAACAACAAUAUAAGAUGUGCCCAUGUACCUAUAACACUGUUCGUGAUCAGUCUGUGGCGCGACCAGGAGCCGGCGCUGAAUCAGCUGCCGCGGAGAUGGCUGACAGACCUCAUGACGGACAUACAGACUGGAACCGCGACACACAGGGUCUGUGAGACGAGGAGGAGCGCCGGCCUGCCCUUCAUGAUACAGGCGCUCGUAGUAUCAGAGCUACAGGUUUGUCCGGGUUCGUUCCCGGGCCACAUGUGUUCAAUGCUGCGCGCGGCUCGCUCCAAUUCUUUAGCCACUCGCUGUCACGCCAUGAACAUCCUCCGCGCUCUGUAUCGCAGCUCGGCUCUAGGAGGAGCGUCGGAAACAGCGGGCGGAGGUGCUGGGACAGCCCUGCAGUUAGCCAUACAGGCUUGUGAGAGUGACGCGUGGAUUGAGCGUAACUCAGCCACGCUGUUGUUCUCGUCGCUCAUGGUGCGCGUGUUCGGCGUGCAGCGCUCCAGAGACAGCGAGCGUCUGUGUGUGAGGAACAGAAUGACCGGACGGAUAUUCUUCCUCAGAUAUCCGCUGCUGUACGACUUUAUGUUGAACAAGUUACAAGAGGCGAGCUCCGUAGACAGACUGCACCCGGCCCUGUACCCCGUGUUACUGUUACUGGCCAGACUCUACCCGUCCGCGCUCGAGGGAUCCGUCUCUAUAUUAAAGUUGGUAUCGUUCGUGCCGAGCGUGUUGGUGUGCGGACAAGGCCCGUCGCUGCGCGUGAGACAGCUGGCCGCGCGCGCUCUCACGCCGCUUAUACCACACACACAAUACUUAUCACAAUUAGAAGCUCUGUUCACAUCACUGAGUGACCCGAGCGCGAAGAGGAACUUCAUACACGGCACCUUACUACAGAUUAUAAAGCUCCUGGACGGCUGCCCGGAGCCCGUGUGUAUGGAAGGUGACGCGCGCCGCAGGAUUAUGGUUCACAUAGAGAGAAGCUCUUGGAUAUUAGAGCAGAGUGAGACAGAAAGACCCUGCUAUGUUAUAAUUGAUGAAUUCAUUAAAUUGAUUCAUAUUAUUCUAUGGAAAUUCCCGGCACUAAUAGAAAAGAAUCAUCUGAGUUACAUCAAGGGUUGCCUGACGAAGUUGAUUUUUAAUGAGAUCAAAUGGACUAUUAACCCGGGCCGGGAGCUUUGUCUGGCGGACGCGGGGUACUUGUUGCUCAUCAUGAACACUCACGACGAUAGUGGCGACAUCUCGCGAAUAUUAUACGCCUGCCUCACUCACCACACUUACGAAGUUGUUUUAGCGGCUCUCAACUACAUACUCAUCAUACAUGAUAAGAUGGAACCGGAGAAUACUCUACACGAACACAUACAUAGAACACGGAACACGAAGGUUCUCGAUAGGCUGAGGACAGACCCGGAGUAUAUAAACGUGUUGUGUACAGUGUUGAAGAAGAAUAAAUAUCUGGAGUGUGUACAGAAGUGUCUGAUACUCCUCACUAUGGAACCAAACACACAGGAACAUAUAGUACGGACCAAGAGUGGUUUGGAAGACAUCAGCGAUGAACACAUCAUGACGAACUACUUCAAUUACAUAGAGAAUGAACACGAACACUUCAUACACAUAUACCUGAAGGGAUUGGCGCAGUUCCUUGAACAGAAAUUACAUAGUAUUCAACAGAACUUAAUAUUAGAGACGGUCAGGACUAUUUUCAGGUGUAGUUUAUCAGACAACAGCGAGGAAACCCGGGACGUGGUCGGAGACUUCGUACAUAGGAACCUGGAGCGACUGAUGACCAAACAAUAUGACCAACUGAAUGAAGAAGAUCAGUUCGAGCUGAGGGCGACCUUGUACAGCACAUGCGUGGCUCUGUUGGAGGAUGACAACACACACACACGCACGUUGACCGCGCACACACUCACACGGUACUGUGACGUCACACUCAAACACACACACGUGCUGCCGGCCCGGGCCCGGGACCUGCUGCUGACACACAUACAGGCCCGCGAGACACACGGCCUCGCCCUGCUGGCUGUACUGGCGCUGGGCAGCUUCUAUUAUGAACUGUCAUACACGGACGAACUAGACGAUGAGGUUCGCGUGUUCGACCACAACGAAAAACACAACACUCACUUGGAGGAGGCCGUAUGGGCGGUCGCCUGUGCUGACGUCAUCAACGAUUUGCACACACACACAUGCACAGACGUGCGACUACUACUGUGUGACGUCAUCCAGCACCGCUCAUACAGACAGACGUUCCAGGCGCUGUGUGGAGAGAACGCGGAGACAUAUAGGAGGAUGGUGAAGGACGACACAUAUAUAUGUGACAGGAAUCAGAAAGUACACGCUUUCAUUAAACGAUUGACGAAAAGAUAG